AUGCUUCAUCCAGUUCUCUCGGGUGAAGAGAUCCUCGAGGCAGUCACUUCUGAUAAAAGAUACUUCAACAACACCCACAAUGUCGAGCUGCCCAUGCCCGAUGCUUUGCAUGCUACAUCUGACAAUGAUCUUCUUGCUCAGAUCGGGUACAAGCCCGAGCUCAAGCGUCGUUUCAGCAUGAUCCAAGUGUUUGGCGUAUCAUUCUCCAUCAUGAGUCUUCUACCCUCGGUUGCCUCCAUCUUAAGUCAUGCUCUUUUGGCUGGUCCCGCUGGAGCGGUUUGGGGUUGGCUCAUCUCGUCGGUUUUGAUUCUCACUAUUGGUCUUGCAAUGAGUGAAAAUGCAUCCUUUCAGCCAACUUCUGGCGGUCUUUACUACUGGACAAAUUUUUAUGCUCCUCCAAAAUUGAAGACAGUGUUGUCAUACGUUGUCGGAAACACAAACUCCAUCGCAUUGGUUGGAGCGCUCUGUUCGGUAGACUACGGUUUCGCUCAGGAACUCUUGUCGGUGGUGGUGAUAGCAAAGGAUGGGGACUUUGAGAUCACCCCAGCAAAGACUUAUGGUGUGUUUGCUGCUUGUGUUCUCGCCCAUAUUGCCCUCACAUGUAUCUCGUCGAAGCAUUGUGCAUCUUUGCAAACUACAUCAGUCGUAAUGAAUAUUGUGUUGAUCGUGUUGUUUAUUGUUGCUCUACCUAUCGGUGCUUCUCGUGGGGAAUUUAAGAAAGCAAGUUGGGUAUUUGGUCAUUUCGACAAUCUCACUGACUUUCCUAUGGGGUGGAAUCAAUUGUCGCAGGCAUGGUUACCAGCGAUCUGGACGAUUGGAGCAUUUGACUCAUGUGUGCACAUGUCAGAAGAAUGCAGCAACGCUACAAAGACAGUUACCUUUGGUAUCAUUACGUCAAUUUCCGCUUGUGGCAUUUUUGGCUUCAUAUUGAUGAUUGUUACCUGCUUUUGCAUCCAGAGCGACGAUAUCGAGAAUCAAAUUUUGGGAACGAAAUUUGGUCAGCCCAUGGCUCAGAUCAUUUACGACGCAUUCGAGACUGUCCCUGGUCAAGGUAAAAAAGUUGCAAUGGCCAUGAUGAUCCUUAUUGCCAUUGAACAAUUUCUUAUGGGAGCUUCUAUCUUGACGGCCAUUUCUAGGCAGAUCUUUGCAUUUGCAAGAGACAACGGCCUUCCUAUGUCGUGGUGGAUCAAGAAGGUCAACAAGAAGUUGUCUGUGCCUAUCCACGCAGUGAUUACCGGCGGCCUUGCCUCAAUCGUAGUUGGGCUUUUAUGUCUUAUAGGUGACGCUGCUGCAUCUGCUCUCUUCACAUUGUACGUUGCUGGAAACUACUUUGCAUGGGGUAUGCCCACAUUCUUACGUUUGCUCUGGAUGAAGGAAAAAUUCAGACCUGGUCCUUUCUUUUUGGGUGAGUUUUGGAGCAGAGUCAACGGUUGGGUUUCAACAUGCUUCAUAGCCUUCACUAUAGUCAUGGUGAUGUUCCCUACAAACAAGAAUCCCGAUAAGGAUACUAUGAAUUAUACCUGUGUUAUAACACCUGGAGUGUGGAUCUUGUCACUUGGCUAUUACAUGAUCUAUGCUAAAAAGGUGUAUCACGGUCCAGCCAAAACGGCGGUGGUUCCUGGACAGGGAGCUAGUAGUGAUGAAAGUGACGAUAUCGAAAAAAUACAGCAUGAGGUAUUGGGCAAGAACUCACAGGAGGUUUGA